GUGUGAAGUUGAGCAGUCUCCUGGGGAAGAAGGGCAGUUUGGAUAGAUUACAGAGUUACUGGGAUGUGGGUUUCUUUCUCGGGGCUAGUAUUCUCGCCUGCGACAACACACGAGUCAUCCAGGCCUCUGAGAAACUCUUCAAAAUUAAAGCUCCUAUUUGGUAUCUACACUCGCUGGUUGAGACCAUCCUCAUCUAUAAGCACUUUACAAAACCAACCACUGAUCCACAGGCCCCUAAACAAGAGCUUGUGGACUUCUGGAUGGACUUCAUGGUGGAAGCCACCAAAAAGGAUGUGACAUCUGUCCGUUUUCCUGUAUUGAUACUGGAGCCCACUAAAGUGUACCAGCCAUCGUACCUCUCAAUCAACAACGAUGUGGAAGAGAACACACUAUCCAUCUGGCACGUGACCCCUGACGACAGA